ACGGAGGAGGGUAGAGAAAGGAGGUGGUUUCCAGAAAAGGCUGAGUGUUGUUUCCAAAGACAGAGUCAGCAGAUUUGAAUUGGGAGUAGCACUCCUACCCCACUCCAUUCCCACUCAUGAAACCACAAGUGAAUCUGACACACACACACACACACACACACACACACACACACACACACACACCUCCCGCGCACACACACAGGUUAACAAAGAAUUCAUAAAUCAAUACCCAUCCUAAACACCCUGUCCUAAUGCAGACAGUUCCAAGGAAGUCAGCAUUGGCUAACUGGGCCAAAAGGCAGAAGGAGGCACAGAGUUGGAUGUAAGAAACCCCGUGAGCGAUGGCCUUGACAUCUGACUGCGUGUUGCAUUGUUAGAGUCUCGGGGUAUAAAGGAAAUGAGGGAGAGGUAGGAGAUGCAGAGCUCAUCACAACUCGGAAUGAGAUUUGGAGAGAGAGGGAAAGAGAGGUCUAAGUACACAGAAGCCAUAGAGGAGAAAAAUGCCCCCAGUCUGGAAUUAUAACUUGUUCCUGUGAUGAAGAGUCAAAAAGCCCCUGUGUGGAUCGAUGAAUCUAGGAAAGAAGCCCUGGAAGAGAGGGAGUGCACCGGGAGCCCUGGGGGAGAGUCUGGCUAUAAUAAGAAAGGCCAGGACAGCUGGAGAAGGGGCUGGUGGGCGGAGGCCUGCAGGGAGGACAGUGGCGGCUGGAUGCAGUGUCAGCCGCCGCCAUGGACUUGGGCAGCUCAUAUUUUGCAGCAGGCGACAGGCUGUCGACACGGCGGUCCUUUACCUCACCGUUAGAAACUCAUUUCAUUGAUUUUUCCAUCUUUCUUCUCUGGCUUCUCAGUCAUCCCACCACUCACUUUUCCAGAGCCCCUUGCCUCUCUGAGGAAAGCCCCAGGGGACCGCUUGCCCACUCCUCCUCUACCCCAGGCUGGGAAGACUUGGGGUGAAGGAUUCAGAGGUGCCUCUCAGCACCCUGAGGUAAUCCCAUUGGCUCUUAGUGUCCCCCUCUUGCAGGCACUUGUGCGGAGACAGGGCCUCUGUGUCCAGGUGUUUAGGGUGCCCAGUUAAGGGGUGAUAGGGCUGAGAUCCAUCUGCUCUUCAUACUACUGCCCUGCGGGCUGCACAUACCUAGAAGAAGAUAACUUUUCUUAAUUCUUUCCAAGACAGCUCGGCACCCUUCAAUAUUCAAAGUCAAAUGAGCUCCCACUGUGGUGCAGUGGGUUAAGGAUCUGGUGUUGUCUCUUGCAGCGGCUCCAGUCACUCCUGAGGCUCGGGUUCAAUCCCCGGCCUGGCAUAGUGGGUUAAGGAUCCAGCAUUGCUGCAGCAUGGGUCACAGCUGCAGCUCGGAUUUAGUCCCUGCCCCUGAACUUAUAUAUGCUAUGGGUGUGCCCCUCCUGCCAAAAAAAUGAGAGAACAGGGACUGCCUUUGUAUUGGGGCAGAAAUGUGGCAUUGAAGCUAAGGUUCCAGGCUUGGGAUCACAGCAGGGCCACCCACUGAACCGGUGCUGGCACAGGGGCCUGUGCAAUUAGAAGGCUACGCAGAAGUAGCAAGCGCCCCCUGUGGAGGGAAGAGGGCGUACAUAUGCAGCUUCUGGUCCUGUGUAGCGUGUUGCUGUGCAGAGCUGUGGGCAGAGGUGGGUAAAGAAAUGCUCACUCCACAUGUGGACAUUUCCCUGAUGCCUCCUCCAGUCGCAGCCAGCUACCCUCGAUCUGUCCCUUUGGGGCUGGGAGUGGGCUAAAGGUCAAGAGUCAAUUGCCAGUCAUUUGGCUUCUCAGUGACGGAGGGACAGGAGUGUUAGAUUGUGUUUCCCUAAGGAACUGAUGGGCUAAACGCCGUUUCCAUCCUCAAGUUUUUCCUUCCUGUUUUGGUGAUGAUCCUGGCACCGCCCACCCCCACCCCACCCCAAGUCUCAAGCCCAAGGCCCAUCCUACUUUUCCUCUGGCCUUGGGAAAAUUGUUUCACUUGGUCUAGCAUGCCUCAGGUCUCCAGAUGUCUAAGCCUAGAUUCUGCUGCUUCCUUUGAGUGGUGUGUGCCUAGCACCCCAUGGCAGUUAUCUUCCUUACUAUCCAGCCAAUUCCAUAUUCUGUAUCACUUUUCCUGCUUGGACCACAAACUCCUCCUGCCUCCCAUCCCCACCAGCUUCAUCAGGCUACGUGGUUUUCAAAACCUAGAGAUAGAUUCUAAUGCUCUGGGAAGGGAGUGUGCUUGAGGUUAGGAAGAGGGAAGACCAGGGACGGCCAAGACACGGGUUCCAGGAUGGCUGGGGCUGGGAGGACGCGGGGUGGGGGGUGGGGGGACGGAAACCAGCUGAAUCGGACGAGAAGGAGGGAGGGAGUCAGAGGUAAAAACCAUGUGACUUCGAGCCGGCCGAGAGCCCGAGAGAAGGCCACAAUUUGAAUGAAAAAGGAAGGAGGGCGGGAGGCAGAGGCAGAGACUGCGGGAACUAAGAAACGGAAGAGAAAACCCGGGAGCCUGACCCCUGCAGAGAAAUGAAGGAGGGAGGCCGAGCGGUGGCGGGAGAGGCUCGAGGCGGAAAAGGCCGGCGGCCGGCUCAGCCUCCUUGUCAGUCCUGAGUUCAAGCCGUGCCGGCUUUGACCCUUGUGGGAGGAACUGAAGUGGCAAAUUAACGACGAUAAUGAAGUCACUGCUCCUUGUUUGUCUUUGCUGGUUUCCCCUUGAGAUUUGUCCUUUGGCCAGACGGGGCACCGUGGGGGAGGGGAGGGCCGGCAGCAGGCAAGGGCGGGGGAGGGGUGCGGAGCAGAGGCCGGGGCGGUGCAGUCGCGGGGGACCGACGCACCCGGGGAAGGAAGAGGGAGGGUGAUGGGUGAAGGGAAGAGGAAGCCAGGGAAGGGGAGAGAGGCGCCGAAGGACGAGGAGGGAAAAGAACAAUGGGGAACGGGAGAGGGAAGCCUGGAAGGAGGAGCAGAGUAGCAGGAAGGAGUGCAGCGGCGGCACAGGGAGAUGGCGAGCUGGAGGGAAGGAACGUGGCCGGGGCUGCGGGCGCUGCAGCUGGCGGGGCCGGGGGCGGGGCCUCAUCUCCAUCUCUAAUGGCUGUGAAAUGAGGUUAGCUCCAUUAGAGGCGGUGAGAGUGUAACGAGAUCACACUCAUUAGGGCUGGGCCAUCCCAGUAAUUACCACCACCCAAACACGCCCGCGCCAGCCAGGCCACCGAGCACAAACAGGCACGCGGCAGCACACCCGCACAGGACACCCCGCUGUUGACCUGGAAGCCCAGGACCCUUGCGGGUAUCACCCAGAGCCUCCGAGAGCUCCUUCCGCAACCCCGAGAGGUGCUGGGGCAGGGCUACACCCAGACCCUCAGCCACACACACGAUCAAAGAGCAAUAAACAUGCACGUACACCCCCACUCUGGGAAUAAGACACGUGGAUGAGCAAUUAUCGUUUCCAUUUAUUGAUCACAUACAAAGUGCCAGUCUCAAUAAUGAUCGUCUCAGUAGGCACAGCUCCAUGAGGAACUAUGCCCCAUUCUAUUCAUGAAGAAACAAGCUUGAAGCAAUCCACCCGAGGACAUUUACAUAAUAGGGAACAGAACUAGAAUUUGAUUCCAGGUCUGUCUGACCUUAAAGGCUAUGUUUUAAAGAAAUACCACACUUUUUUCUGAAGUUCAUAUGCUGUUAUGAAUACACAUGUAUAGACUUUCAGCUUUCAGAGAGGUUAUCACAAAUGAAUAUACAUAUCCUCAGUCGAAUAACUCAAUCAGCAGUACCUAUCUCCACCCCACACCCAAGCACACACACUUACACGGAGUGGCCAGGGCCCCUGCAUAGACUACAGUGUGAAUAGCGCCCCCUGGAGCUGCAUAAAGCAAUGGCCUGUUCUGGCCCAUCUUACACUAAAAAACCAGUUGGGAGAAGGUCGUUGAAAACCUUCAAACUUAGAGGAUAGCAUGACAGCACAUAUGCUCAAAGCAACACACAAAAGGGCAGACUAACACUCAAACUCUGAGAUCUCGGGAGUUCUCGUCGUGGUUCAGAAGAGACAAAUCUGACUGGUAUCCAUGAGGACACGGCUUCGAUUCCCAGCCUCUCUCAGGGGGCUAAGGCUCUGGCAUUGCCAUGAGCUGUGGUGCGGGUCGCAGACACAGCUCGGAUCUGGCGUGGCUGUGGCUGUGGUGUAGCUUGGCAGCUACAGCUCUGAUUCGAACCCUAGCCUGGGAACCUCCAUAUGCUGUGGGUGUGGCCCUAAGAGACAGGGAAAAAAAAAACCCAAACCCUCUAAGAUCUCAUUCAAAAUGCUUACAGCCAGAGCUCAGAAGCUUGCAAAUUAACUCAAGAGCAGAGUGCUGGAGUCAGGCUACCUGAGGCCAGUCUCAACUCUACUUUUCCAAGUGUGAGACCAUGAAAAAUUAUAUAACCCAUCUAAGUCUGUUUCCAUGUUUGUAAAAAUGGGAAUGAGUAUAUCUAUUUCGUCAGAUCAUAGUGGAGGGUAAGUUAAGGUGAUGCUUCCAGGGGGCUCAGCAUGGUGCCUGGCACAGGGCAAACAUUUAAAGUUGUUAUUCUUAUCAUGAUUAUUAGUUGUUUUAAUAGUAUUUAGAUGGAGUCAUUACCAUCACAAGGGUUCAUGCAGAAUCGAAAACUAGAGGGAUUUAUUUAUAUACACAGCCACUUAUAAUGGUAUUCUUCCAAAUAAUUCCAGAAGAAUUGCAGGUCAUACUUUUAAGGCUCAGGGAGAUCAAAGGUCUUCUACAGAGGUCCCUCAUGCCAGCAUCAGAUUGGAUCCUGAAUCUAAAUUCAAGGGCACGACUCCCUGUCCCUUACUCCCAAGUGCCCAUACAGAAGAAGGGUUCAGAGCUGACUUGAUGUGGUCAUCUAAACUGGGUCUCCAGUGCACCUACAAGGUCACAUAGCCCCAUGCUGCAGUCCUAACGCUGGCGGCAUCAUCGAGGGAGAUGCAUUGGCAAGAGGCUCACUCUUCUCCAGGACAUCCUCUCCUCCAGCAGCAGACACGCUGCAGCACAUCUCAACAAAGCCCCACAAAUGUGGAUGGAUGUUCCUUUCUGGUUGUGGUUUUAAUCCACAUCUUCCCUUGUAGCUCUGUCUUCUCCCUCCCCACCCCCAUCUUUUACCUCUCAGCCUCUCCUUUGUCGUCACACCCCACCCAGUUCUCUCCUGCCCACUUUAAGCAGCUUUCAAAGUGGAAGACACAGCCUCCUUGCUCCAUCCCUCUCACUGGGGAUAGGCCCCCUGCCCAAUCCGAUGCCAAAGUUGAGAGAUUACAUAUUUAUACAUAUAGAUCAAGAUCCAGCUCCUGCCUCUUUCCUACCUCUCCCUCUCCCCCCCUUCCUCUCUCCCCUUCCCUGCCUUGGCUGUGUCUUCACCCACAUGAAACUCCUGUUCCUGCCUGUCUCAUUCUCUGCCAUUCUCAUUUUCUCUCUUUUGUGCAAAACUUCUCUUGCACAGAGUAAGCUCCCCCUAAAUGUUGGAGGUAGGGGGGAGGUCUAAGAGAGAUGGUAGAAUUAAAAUGGAGGAAGAGGAGUACCUUUUUCUGUUUCUUUUUUCAAUAUAGAAGGUAAGAUUUAGAGACAGAGAAAGUGAUAGUUUUAAUGCAAGGAGAGGUCAUAGCGGUUUUGAGCCAAAAGCUUCCAAGCUCUGCUCCAGGACAAUGGGGUGUCUCUAGACACAGCAAUCAAGAGGGCCUGGUGAGAAAUGAACUCUGCUGCCAAGCCAACUAAAUUUAAAUCGUGCCCAUGGAAGAACUUGCCCUCAGUUGAAAAGGGCAUCGAUGAGAGGGUGAGUCUAGGUCAAGAAGAAGCAAGGCACAAGAAAAGCAUCAGCCUACCUGCGCACAUCUUCGCUCUCAGGGUAGGGGUGGGGAGCCGAGAGAAGGGAAGGAACCAACCUGAUGGACACUAGGAUGUGCACUUUUCACGUUACCUGCGCAAGUUUUCACAACCGCCCGGUCAGGACAGCAUUGUGGAGCUGUGUGAUCUUGUAGGCACCCUGGAGAGACCCAGGCUUGGAAGACCACACUCUGAACCCUGCGUAUAAGCACUCGGAAGCGAGUGCGAUGGAGUUCCCAGAUGAGAAGACAGACUGCUAAGUAACUUAACCGGAGUUGCACGGGUUGUGUAGGGGGAGCCAGGACUGACCCUGGGUCUGUGUGAGCCCAUAGCCCAUGUUCUUCUACUGCCUUAGGAAAGAAAUCUCAUCUGGUUAGACUCAUUUGCUGUUGGUACCAACCGAGCCCUGUGACAUGGGCACGCACCCUCCAUCUUUCCUGCCUCUCUGUGGCUAACCUCUUGAAAGCAACAGGCUGAGACCAAAAGGAGAGAAAGACAGGGUAAAGUGAGUGUGGAAGAGGACAGGCUGGUGGCAGGGAUUUCAGAGAGAAAAAAAAGAGAAAAGAAAAGUUUCCAAAAAUGGGUUUCAGAGAAAGAGAACAGGUGGGACAAUUGGAAAAGUGAAAGGCAAAAAUGUCUGGAGAGCUCCAAGGUGGAAAUCACUGUAUGCAAAUUAUAAGCAAAUGUGCCAGUGCCCUCUGGCCAGUUUUGCUGGGAAAGACUUUGCCCUGUCAUUGGGUUUGGGGAAAGAAAAGAAAAAAAAAAAAAAGAAGGGAGAAAGAGUUUUGUUUUUGUUUAAAGGAGGGGAGCCUGAAGAAGAAAGGCAGUCUGAGCCCUGGCAGGGCUGUCCUCUCCUGGGUGAUGCUCUCUCCGUGACCACUAGGGAGCAGUCGUGUCGCUUUUCUGCUCAGGCUCCUCAGGAGUUGGGAGGAGGCUCCAGCCUAGGGGAGCCCUGGUCUUGCUGGGGCUCCUGCUCCAGAGGGAGCACCCAUGGCCAGCUCUGCCUCCAGUUCUACUGGCCAACCUGAGCCCACGCCCUGGCACCUCCUCGGUGAAAGGCACAUUCUUUCUUCCCUCGGGCCUCACUUUCCUCUGUCCUUCUUUUGCCCUUGUCCCUCUGGCUCCUGUGAUUCUUGGGUUCUUAAACGGUCUCACUUGUUCUGAGACUUGUGUGUUCUGUCUUGUGUGCUCUCAGAGCCUGCUUUUGCAGCUUUCCACUGCACAUCCAGCCCUUUCUGUCCUUCUCAUAACAUCUUAGUAUCUCUCUGGGUCCUGCUGUAUAUCCUGAAGCCUCCUGGUUCCCUGGCUUCUUCCUGUUCUAAGUAUGGUGUAUCUGCCCCUUGAAUAGGGAGCCCAUAUCAAGAACAAGGAAGUUUUGAAAUCCCCUAGUGGCUCAGCGGGUUAAGGAUCCAGUGUUGUCACUGCUGUGGCUCAGAUUGCGGCUGUGGUGUGGGUCUGAUCCCUGGUUCAGGAAUUUCUGGCAUGAAUGGCCAAAAAAAAGAACUAGGGAUUCUUGUCCAACUAUUUACAGGGUGCCUUUCUGCCCAUUUCUCGAAGAAUACUGCAGUUCAGGGGUUAUGUUGUUGGGGCAGCAAGGCCCUAGCUGAACUUUUCUUUUUCUUUUUUUUUAAUGAUUUUCAUUUUUUCCAUUAUAGCUGGUUUAAAGUGUUCUGUCAAUUUCUUUCUUUCCUCUUUUUUUUUUUUAAUGGUUGAACCCAUAGUAUAUGGAAGGUCCCAGGCCAAGUACUGAAUCCAAGCUGCAGCUGCAGCAUCACCGGAUCCUUUAACUCACGGUGUCAGGCCAGGGAUCGAACCUAAACCUCCUCAGCGACCUGAGCCGCUGCAGUCAGAUUGAAGAACCCCCACUAGCUGAACUUUGAAAGCAGCCAUGCCAUCCUUUCCCUCUCACCUUGAGGAAUAACCAGGGACCUGGGUCUGGACAGAGGAAGAGAGCAAUACCACCCCCCCCACCCCCGCUCCGCCCCAUCUCCCUGUUUGCUCAGAGCUAGCUCUCUCUGGCUUCCCCUUUCUCCUCACCCUGGGUGGGAAGGAAGCAUUAGGGAGGGAGAUGGACUGAAGGGGCAGGAAGGGAGCUCCAGAGACAGAAGGCCAUUUUGGAGCUGGAAGAUCCAUCCUAGGGUGGCUACCCCCUCAGAACUCUCCACCCUCCCCGGCUCCAGGCCUGCCUCCUCCCAUCCCCCUCAGUGGCAGCCGCCUUGUAAUUUAAAGCUCUCUCUGUCGCCUCUAAUGUGAUCCUCUCGUUUUAUUGACUCUCUCUGCCGUCUGUGGCGCCCCUUCACAUCAAUCUCCGCUCUAAUCACACCGCCGCCACUGCCUGCUCUGUCUCCCCUAACCCCUCUCCUCCAGGGCCCCCGGCCCUGCCUCUAGCCAGGUCAUUCCUUGUGACUGUCCCUCCACCUCAUCAGCCCUCCUCCUCCGUCCCUCGGCGGCGCCACACGCCGGAAGGUCAGGGCCCUUGAGGGCUCACCUUCUCCCUUUUCCCACUUCUAAGAUGUGCCCUGAGGGAGAGAUGUCCUUAAGGAAAGCCCGGAGCUAAAGGAGGAAUGGCAGAAGUCUGGGGGAGGACGGGACUCUGGACCUGGAGGUGGUGGGGUGACUUUUAGGUCAUUUGGUUCUGCAUCGUCUCUAGAAAGACAUGAAAACUGAGGUCAAGGUAGGAAGGGCAAAGAUUCAGAGAGGGACGGAAGAUAAGCUUAGGUGGAGGAAAAUGGAAGGAGGGGCAAAAGUGAAAAAAUAAUUGCUGCGGUUAAAGGUUUGUAAUAAAUAGUGGGUGAUGGGAGCAGCACGGAGCAGAAGGGGGAGGGGAGUUGGUGGCGGUGGGGGGGGGGCAGAUCUUCGCCGAGGCUGAGAUAAAUUUGCAAUUGAAAUUCUUUCCUGUAGAGGAGGGGGGCGAUGGGGAAGAGAUUUGCAAUUUUAAACAGCUGCAGACCUACCCUCCCUGCGCCCCUCCAGGUCUCACCCAUUGGCUAGCCCAAAGCUAAGCUCCUUUGGUUUCCAGCUAGGAAUCAGCUGUGUCUUUUCCCAGUCCUCGGAAGCAAACGCUUUGGAGGGGGGAUUUGCGGCUUAGGUCUUCCCAGCCCUUCUCUGAAGUUUGAUCUGGAGUUGUGAGUCGGGAGCCGGGGAGAAGGUGCUGGUGGAUGUGAGGUGGGCCUGCGGGGAGAGAGCACCCACCCCACGGGUUCAGCCCUCAGUGUCAGGGCCCAGGAAAGGCCGCUUUCACCCAGUCUCGGCUCUUCCUACCAGGUGAGCCCCAUCAUGGGGGUGACAGUAGAAUGUCAGACCCUCACAGUCCAGAGCACUUAUCCUCCCCAGGGUUCUGUAGGAGGAAUACCUUUAUCCCAUGACUUCAGGGCUUCCGCUUUCGGGUUUCCUCACCCCCCUCUAAUUCCUUUACUUCCCUGUUAGUUCUCUCAACAACCCCCGGCCCCACCCCGCCCCCCUUUGCCCAGGUGCUGAUUUGCAUCCUCAUUAGCAUGAGGGCCCAGCCCCUCGGGCUGCUCCUUAAUGGCUCCUACUUGGACUUCACGCCUGGCUGCCCCCUCCCCACGAGGAGGAGGGAGUGGAAUUGGAGGCCUGCAGGCUGAGUGGGGCCAGACCAAGGAACCCAUUCCAAAUCCAGGCAUCUGAAGGCGCGGGUUCGAGGUAGCUCAAGCAGGAAGAGGCCACACCACUUCUGGAAGCACUCAGGCCCGAGUGCUAAAGGUUUACAUCACUGGGUAUCUGCGAUAGUAAGAACUGAAGAGGAGGUAGGCUACCUGGGGCACUGGCAGAAGUGUGGGAUGGUGAGGCAGGGGGAAGUGGUGAGUUUGAGGUGGGGCACCAAGAUUAAAAAGUUGGGAAUGGCAUGGGAGGCUUCGUAAUUCUAGUCAGCUGGAGGGAGUUCUGGGAUCCUGAUUUCUGGAUUUUGGAGGUUCAUGUGGCCUGGACUGUGACUAAGGGGCAGUCCAGGUGGAUGGAGGUGCCCAGGCCACAGCUUUGGGGUCCAGCUCUGUGCCUCCUAAGUCCUUUUCUCCUUUCACUACCUUGGAGCUGUGUGACCAUCAGCAGCUCAUUCGGCCUGUUUCUACCUCACCCAUCAGAUAAGCUGCUUGUGAGAUUAAAUGAGAUAAUUGAUUAAAGCAUUUAACACAAUGCCAGGACCAUGGUAUAUGUACCUUAAUAGCUAUUAGUAAUAUUAUUACACUUUUUUUUUUUUUUUUUAAUCUCUGGGGAGGAGGAGGCGGCUAAUCUCAUACAAGCUGUUGUCUUUCAACUGGCCAGGAGGCUCCCACCUGUAACCAGAGAUGGAUCUGGAAGGCAUCUGAGAGUAGCAUGGUGCCUGCAAGCCAAAGGAAAUUCACUACGGCCUCUCUGGCAAGAAGACCUGAUUUAGGGAAAUUACCUCUCCAGGGUGUGGAAAAUGGUCCUGGCUGUCACGCUGAAAUGAACCCCCAGCUCUCCUCCGUCUGCCAUGGCCACCCUUAACUCAUCCUCUACUGCUUGCGCCACCCCCUCCCCUGGGCACGAUGCCCUGUCCCCGCCUCUGGACGCCUCCCCCCCCAGCACCCCCUCUGAUCCUGUCACCAAAGAUCCCCCUGCUGCCCCCUCCACCUCUGAGAGCAUGAGGUCCUCAGAGCCAGGGGGGCAGCCCCUGGAGUCAGGCUGUGGCCUCAUCCCACCAAAGGAGAUAGGGGAGCCCCAAGAAGAGCCUGGCUGUGGUGGCUUCCUGCCAAAGGACCUGGGGGUGGAAGAGGACAGGGAGCAGGAGGAGGAAGGAGGAGGACUCCCUCCUGUGGACCUAAGCGACCACUUAUUCUUCACAGCUGGUGGUGAGGCCUGCCUAGUGGCCAGGCUGUCCCUGCCGGGGGGCAGUGAACUCCCAUUACCAAAGGGCUUCCCCUGGGGUGAGGCAGGUGUCAAGGAAGAGCCCAGCCUGCCCCUCCGUGCCCACCCACCCCCUGCACACCUCACUGCCCUUCACAUCCAACAUGGCUUUGACCCAAUCCAAGGCUUUAGCUCUUCUGACCAAAUUCUGUCCCACGAUACCUCAGUGCCAUCUCCGGCCACCUGUGAGGGAAGGGAUGGAGCCUUCUGGAGCUACCAGCUGGCUCCAAACCCACCCGGAGAUCCCAAAGAUGGCCCCAUGGGGAGCAGGGGAGGAGACCCCAGGGCACGCUUCUGGCUCUGCCUCCUGUGCCGCCUGGGUUUCGGCAGCCCCCAGGCCUUUGUGGGUCACACAGAGUCUCAUGGGGUAAAGCUAACCGCUGCUCAACACCAGGGCCUGCUGGGCAACCCAGCCAUGCUCUGGGAGGGGGGCGAGGGUUGCAUGGCCCUCCUAAGCUUUCUGGAACCAAAAGCACCUGCUCGCUCCCUUGACAACAGCAGCACCGUGAACAUGGAGGCCAGUGCAGCCCAGACUGAGGAUGGCCCCCCUGCGGCCGAAGCCCUGGCCCCCGUCCUGCCCGUGGAAGAAGUCAUGGCUCUCAGCCCACCCUCCCCCUCAACCACCCCAGCCACCUGGAACCCCAGCCCAACCCAAGCCAAAGAAUUGCCAAUGGCGGCCGGCGAGGCGGGGGCAGAUUGGUUCCCCGAGGGGCACGAAGAGGAUGGAGGGCUCUGCACCCCACUCAACCAAAGCUCACCCACCUCCAAGGAGGGGGGCACUCUCCCUGCCCCAGGGGGCUCCCCCGAAGACCCCAGCGACCCGCCCCAGCCCUACCGCUUAGCGGACGACUACACCCCAGUCCCUGCAGCCUUCCAAGGCCUCAGCCUGUCCAGCCACAUGUCGCUGCUGCACUCGCGCAACUCCUGCAAGACUCUCAAGUGUCCCAAGUGCAACUGGCAUUACAAGUACCAGCAGACCCUGGAUGUUCAUAUGCGGGAGAAGCACCCCGAGAGCAACAGUCACUGUAGCUACUGCAGUGCCGGGGGCGCCCACCCCCGCCUAGCCCGGGGGGAGAGCUACAACUGCGGCUACAAGCCCUACCGCUGCGAUGUCUGCAACUAUUCCACUACCACCAAGGGCAACCUCAGCAUCCAUAUGCAGUCCGACAAGCACCUGGCCAACCUACAGGGCUUCCAGGCAGGGCCUGGGGGGCAGGGGAGCCCCCCAGAGGCAGCGCUCCCACCCUCCACAGGGGACAAGGAGCCCAAGGCCAAAUCGAGCUGGCAGUGCAAGGUGUGCAGCUACGAGACCAACAUCUCCCGCAACCUGCGCAUCCACAUGACCUCUGAGAAGCACAUGCAGAAUGUGCUCAUGCUGCACCAGGGGCUGCCGCUGGGCCUGCCGCCGGGGCUGGUGGCGCCGGGUGCCCCUACCCCAGCAGGGGCUGCCCCCACCACCCCCCCUGAACUCUUCCAGUACUUCGGAUCCCAGGCUCUAGGGCAGCCUCAGGCUCCCUUGCCCGGCCCUGGGCUGAGGCCAGAUAAGCCCCUGGAAGCCCAGCUGCUUCUCAAUGGCUUCCAUCACCUCGGAGCACCUGCCCGCAAGUUCCCCACACCUGCCCCUGGCAGCCCCUCCCCGGAUGCCCACCUGCCUCAAAGUCAGCUCCUGGGCUCCUUGUCCGACGGGCUGCCCACCUCGCCGCCCCCAGAUGACAACCCAUCCCUGAAGGUGUUCCGCUGCCUCGUGUGCCAGGCCUUCAGCACGGACAGCCUGGAGCUGCUGCUCUACCACUGCAGUGUGGGCAGGAGCCUCCCGGAGGCCGAGUGGAAGGAGGUGGCCGGUGACACCCACCGCUGCAAGCUCUGCUGCUAUGGCACCCAGCUCAAGGCCAACUUCCAACUCCACCUCAAGACCGACAAACAUGCUCAGAAGUACCAGCUGGCGGCCCACCUGAGGGAGGGGGGUGGGGUCACGGGCACCCCCUCCCCAGUGCCCCUGGGAGAUGGGGCUCCUUAUGGGUCUGUCCCCCCACUGCACCUGCGCUGCAACAUCUGUGACUUUGAGUCCAACAGCAAGGAGAAGAUGCAGCUGCACGCCCGGGGUGCAGCCCAUGAAGAAAACAGCCAGAUCUAUAAGUUUCUGCUGGAGAUGGAGGGGGCGGUGGCGGGGGUGGAGCUGGGGCUGUUCCGCUGUCUGCUGUGCGCCUGGGAGACGCCCUCCCGCCUGGCUGUGCUGCAGCACCUGCGCGCACCUGCCCACCGUGACGCCCAAGCCCAGCGGCGCCUGCAGCUGCUACAGAGCGGCCCGGCGGCCGACGAGGGGCUCUCAGCUCUUCAGAGCAUCCUGAGCUUCAGCCAUGGGCAGCUCCGGACUCCCGGGAAGGCUCCUGUCACCCCCUUAGCUGAGCCACCAACCCCUGAGAAAGAUGCCCAGAAUAAGAUGGAACAAUUGGCUUCUGAAGAGGCAGAGAACAAAACUGGCCCUCCUGGAGACAGUGCCAACCAGACCACGGUCAGGACUGGGGUCUUCUGCUGCCCAUACUGCAGCUUCCUGAGCCCAGAGUCUGAGCAGGUGAGGGCUCACGCGCUCUCCCAGCACGCAGUGCAGCCCAAGUACCGGUGUCCGCUGUGCCAGGAGCAGCUGGUGGGCCGGCCCGCCCUGCACUUCCACCUCAGUCACCUCCACAAUGUGGUGCCCGAGUGCGUUGAGAGGCUGCUGCUCGUGGCCACAACUGUAGAAAUGACCUUGACGACCAAAGUGCUGCCUGGGCCCGCUCUAAGCCCUCUGGGGGAUGGCCCAGAGCCCCCUGCUCCAGGGCCAGAGCCUGAGCCCAGCAGAGACCAAGCAGCAGGCCUGCACCUGACCCUGGAAGCCAGUCCCGAUCCUCUUCCUGAGCCUCUGCCACCUUCAGCUGAGGCUCCAGACAAGCCCAUGGGAAGCCCUGACCAGGCCCCUUCUCCAGCCCCAUCUCCUGUCCCGAGGCCCGAGGCCCAAGCUGAUGAAGUGGCUCAUUCAGCCACGGCUGAGGAGGAAGAGGGGGCUGGCGGGGAGCCCCGCCCAGCAGAGCCAGCUCCGGCUGACUCUCGCCACCCUCUGACCUAUCGGAAGACCACCAACUUUGCCCUGGACAAGUUUCUUGACCCUGCCCGCCCCUAUAAGUGCACUGUGUGCAAGGAGUCCUUCACGCAAAAGAACAUCCUCCUGGUCCAUUAUAACUCCGUCUCCCACUUGCACAAGAUGAAGAAGGCUGCCAUUGACCCCUCCGCCCCUGCCCGGGGAGAAGCCGGCGCUGCGCCUGCCACCGCCGCCGCCACCACCGACAAGCCCUUUAAGUGCACGGUUUGCCGAGUCUCGUACAACCAGAGCUCCACCCUGGAGAUCCACAUGCGCUCCGUCCUGCACCAGACUCGCUCCAGGGGAGCCAAGACGGACGCCAAGGCCGAGGCGCCAGAGCGUGGCCCAGAAGAGCCCAAGGAAGGCGAGACUGAAGGGGAGGUGGGCACCGAGAAGAAAGGCCCCGACUCUGGUGGCUUCGUGUCAGGGUUGCCCUUCCUGUCUCCUCCCCCACCUCCCUUGGACCUGCACCGCUUCCCAGCCCCCCUCUUCACCCCACCUGUCCUGCCCCCCUUCCCUCUGGUGCCCGAAUCACUGCUAAAGCUCCAGCAGCAGCAGCUGCUCCUGCCCUUCUACCUCCAUGACCUCAAGGUCGGGCCCAAGCUGACCCUGGCUGGGCCUGCCCCCCUGCUGUCCCUGCCAGCUGCUGCCCCUCCUCCCCCGCCCCCACCCCCUAAGGCUGAGCUGGUGGAGCGCGAGUGGGAGCGGCCCCCCCAGACUCAAGAGGGUAAUGAGGCAGGGCCCACCUCACCCCCCCACCCAACACCCAAUGAGGCAGCCCGCACUGCAGCCAAGGCCCUUCUGGAAAACUUUGGCUUUGAGCUGGUGAUCCAGUACAACGAAGGGAAGCAGGCUGUGCCCCCUCCCCCUACCCCGCCCCCACCAGAGGCCCCGGGGGGUGGGGACAAGCUGGCCUGUGGGGCCUGUGGGAAACUCUUCUCCAACAUGCUCAUCCUCAAGACCCACGAGGAGCACGUGCACCGCCGCUUCCUGCCCUUCGAAGCUCUGAGCCGUUAUGCUGCUCAGUUUCGAAAGAGCUAUGACAGCCUCUACCCGCCCCCUGCAGAGUCCCCCAAACCUCCUGAUGGGUCUCUGGACUCACCUGCUCCCCAGCUGGGCCCACCCUUCCUGGUCCCAGAGCCUGAGGCAGGGGGGGGCCGUCCCCCUGAAGAGCGAAGCCGGGCAGGAGGGCACUGGCCCCCAGAGGAGGAAGAAAGCUCCAGAGGGAAUCUUCCUCCCCUAGUGCAUGCAGGCCGCCGCUUCUCCAGAACCAAGUUCACUGAGUUCCAGACUCAAGCCCUGCAGUCUUUCUUUGAGACCAGUGCCUACCCCAAGGACGGAGAAGUGGAGCGGCUCGCAAGUCUCUUGGGCCUGGCUAGCCGUGUGGUGGUGGUGUGGUUCCAGAACGCCCGCCAGAAAGCUCGCAAAAAUGCCAGUGAGGGUGGGCCUGUGCCCAGCGGAGGUGGUGCUGGGAGUGCCUCUGGCUGCAGGCGCUGCCAUGCCACCUUCUCCUGCGUUUUUGACUUGGUGCGGCACCUCAAGAAAUGCUAUGACGACCAGCCUCCUGAAGAGGAGGAAGAAGAGACAGAGAGGGGGGAAGAGGAGGAAGACGUAGAGGAGGAAGACGCAGAGGAGGAACGGGGCCCAGAAGCCCCAGCAGGGCCUGAGGGCCCAUCACCAGAACCUCCAGACCGGGAAGAGCUGAGCCAAGCAGAGGCCAUAAAGCCAGGAGGCAAAGAGCCUGAAGGGAGGGCGCCCCCCUCGCCUUCCCCAGUCCAUGCCUGUGACCAGUGUGCCAUGUCUUUCCCCAGCCAGGACCUCCUGACCAGUCACCGCCGACUCCAUUUCCUGCCACCUGUGCAGCCCGGCGCUGCUCCCCACCUCUUAGACUUGCCCUUGCUGGUGUUUGGGGAGCGAAACCCACUGGUGGCAGGCACUCCGCCGGUGCCAGGGCCAGCCCUCAAACGGAAGCAUGAGGAUGGCAGCCUGUCGCCCACGGGCAGCGAAGCAGGGGGGGGCGGGGAGGGCGAGCCCCCCAGGGACAAACGCCUGCGCACCACCAUCCUGCCUGAGCAGCUGGAGAUCCUGUACCGCUGGUAUAUGCAGGACUCCAACCCCACUCGCAAGAUGCUUGACUGCAUCUCUGAGGAGGUGGGGCUCAAGAAGCGGGUGGUGCAGGUCUGGUUCCAGAACACCAGGGCCCGGGAGAGGAAGGGCCAGUUUCGAAGCACCCCCGGGGGAGUGCCCAAUCCAGCAGUCAAGACCCCCAUCACACCCAGCCCUGCACCCUUCCCCAAGUUCAACCUCUUGCUGGGCAAGGUUGAGGAUGGGGCUGGGAGGGAGGCCCCAAAGAGGGAAGCACCUGCUUUUCCCUGCUCCACAGUCACCCCUGCUGCCGGGCCCUUGCCUUUCUUGCCACCUGGGAAAGAGGCCACUACCCCAAUACCAGAACCACCUCUACCUCUCCCUCCUCCCCCUCCACCCAGUGAGGACGAGGGCCCGGAGGAACCAUCUAAAGCUUCUCCAGAGAGUGAAGCUUGCAGUCCGGCAGCAGGGGAUCUAAGUGAUUCGUCGGCUUCCAGCCUGGCGGAACCAGAGUCCCCUGGAGCUGGAGGGACCAGUGGGGGCCCAGGAGGUGGGGCCGGGGUCCCAGAUGGAAUGGGGCAGCGGCGCUACAGGACCCAGAUGAGUAGCCUGCAGCUGAAGAUCAUGAAAGCCUGCUAUGAAGCCUACCGCACCCCCACCAUGCAGGAGUGCGAGGUGCUGGGGGAAGAGAUUGGACUGCCCAAGAGAGUCAUCCAGGUCUGGUUCCAGAAUGCUCGCGCCAAGGAAAAAAAGGCCAAGCUGCAGGGGGCAGCAGUUGGCGGGGCUGGGGGCAGCAGUGAGGGUCCCUUGGGAACCCAGCGCACCGACUGCCCCUACUGUGAUAUCAAGUAUGAUUUCUAUGUCUCCUGCCGAGGCCACCUCUUUUCUCGACAGCACCUGGCCAAGCUCAAGGAGGCGGUCCGGGCCCAGCUGAAGAGUGAAAGCAAGUGCUAUGACCUGGCCCCGGCCCCGGCUCCCGAGGCCCCACCUGCCACCACACCUGCCUCUGUGCCCCUCGGGGCUGCCCCAGCUCUGCCUCGCCUGGCUCCGGUCCUCUUGUCUGGCCCAACUCUGGCCCAGCCCCCACUGGGCAGCUUAGCUCCUUUCAGUUCAGGCCCUGCAGCCCCCUCAGGCCUCCUCGGCCUUGCCACUUCGGUCCUGCCUGCUACCACAGUGGUCCAGACUGCCGGCCCAGGCUGUCCCUUACCUCAGAGACCUAUGCCCGACCAAACCAACACCUCCACAGCAGGCACCACCGACCCUGCCCCAGGCCCACCUACCGAACCCUCUGGGGACAAGGUCUCUGGUGAGCGAAAGCCAGCGGCAGCCCCCACCAACUCCUCCACUGAUGCCCUCAAGAACCUCAAAGCAUUGAAGGCCACUGUCCCAGCCCUGCUGGGGGGCCAGUUCCUGCCCUUCCCGUUGCCCCCGGCAGGGGGGGCCACACCGCCAGCUGUCUUUGGCCCUCAGUUACAGGGGGCCUACUUCCAACAGCUCUACGGCAUGAAGAAGGGGCUGUUUCCCAUGAACCCCGUGAUACCUCAGACCCUCAUCGGACUGCUCCCCAACGCCCUCCUCCAGCCACCGCCCCAGGCCCCGGAGCCCACAGCCACGGCGCCUGCGAAGCCGCCGGAACUGCCCGCUCCAGGGGAGGGGGAGGCCGGGGAGGCCGAUGAGCUGCUGACGGGCAGCACUGGCAUCUCCACCGUGGAUGUGACCCACCGCUACCUGUGCCGCCAGUGCAAGAUGGCGUUUGACGGGGAGGCCCUGGCCGCUGCUCACCAGAGAUCCUUCUGCUUCUUUGGGCGGGGCUCCGGGGGCCCCCUGCCCCCGCCACUGCGGGUGCCCAUCUGCACCUACCACUGCCUGGCGUGUGAGGUGCUGCUGAGUGGGCGUGAAGCCCUGGCCUCCCACCUGCGCUCCUCGGCCCACAGGCGCAAGGCGGCCCCGCCCCCAGGGGGUCCUCCCGGCACCGCCACCAACGCCGCCACUGCCGCCACGGCUGCUGUGGCUUUUGCCAAAGAGGAAGCAAGAUUACCUCACACGGACUCCAACCCAAAAACUACUACUACCUCUACACUUCUAGCUUUAUAAACAGAUAAACCAAGAUUCAGGGGGAAGAGGGGGCCUCAGGGCUUCUCCUACCCCAAGGGGUGUUUGGUGGGAGCUCGACCCUCACCCCGCCCACCUCACGGGAAUCUUUCCGUUCCCACCCUCAGUGGGCUCCAACACCCCGCCUCCAGCAGAGUCCUGCCUCCUCCCCCGCCCCACAGACACACCGGUCCUUUGCAAAUCCUUUCCCCGUGAUCUUCAUGGGCAUACAUAUCCAUCCUACCAUCUUGAUUAUCCAUUCACGUCCACCCUGCCCACCAGACACAAAAAUCUAUCCUUGGUUUCAUCUUCUGACAACUUCUUUCCUAUCGAAUUCCAGGCAUCCUUCCAACUCCUAUAAACAUGCAAAUACUUGUUAUCUCACGCUGUUCCACUGACUGAGAAAACACCAAAAAAGAGAAAAAAAAAAAAAAAGAAGAAAGGAAAAGGAAACCCAAGACAAAGAAGGGGGAAGGAAAAUAAACUUUGCCACCCCACCCCCCUUCUUCCUACCCCCUUGUCUAGAGCACCAUACCGCUCACAGACUCUUUACAAAUACCCAUUUGGCUCCUAAGGUUGGAGCCUGGGAUGGGCAGGGAGCCCACGAAACUCUAACCAAACUGGAGAUGGGUGGGGAGAAGUGCUCCCAGCUCCCUCCUCACUCCCCUCCCUCCUCACCCUCUCCUCGCCAGACAGGGGGACCCCUGUGGCUUGGACUCUAGGGGAAGCCGCCACCAGGAACCCCUCUGCCAAUCCCCACCCUGCACCCUGGGAACUGCAGUAACUUAUUUUCAAAGGCUUUAAACACAGAGAUCCUCUCAGCAGCCGUGGGCCUGCCCUUGUCCCAGCCCUGCCAUGUCGGGGUCCAGCCUCCGGGACCGGCGCUGCCCACCAAACGGCAAAUCCAAAGUUCUUUUAAAACUGAAACACACACACAACCAAAAAAAAAAAAAAAAAAAAAAAACGAAAGCGAGAGAGAGCGAGCAUGCACACACGUGCGGGAGAGAUGGAGAGACCAGAGGAAUGAACUAACAAAAAACAAACUUGGAAAAUACAGA